AUGGCCCAAAGGGAGAGAGAUACCAUCAUCAGAGGCCUGCGGUCAUUUGCUGCAUCCACCUGCAUCCGCUUCACCCCUUUGAAUGGACAGAGAGACUUUGUGGACAUCCAGUCUCGCUCAGGGUGUUUUUCAUUUGUCGGCCGCCGUGGUAAUGGCCAGGUAGUGUCUUUGAGUCGCCAGGGCUGUGUUUUCCAGCAGAUCAUCCAACAUGAGCUGCUCCAUGCCCUGGGCUUCAACCAUGAGCAGACCCGGUCUGACAGGGACCAGAAUGUUCAGAUCCUGCUGCAGAACGUCAUUCGUGGAAUGGAGUUCAAUUUCAGGAGGAUCCAAACGAGGAACCUUGGCACUCCCUAUGACUACAACUCUGUCAUGCACUAUGGAAGGUUCGCCUUCUCCAGGAACAGGCAGCCAACCAUCGUUCCCAUCCCCAACCCCAAUGUAGCCAUUGGUAGGGCCACCCAGAUGAGUGCUACGGACAUCCUUCGGGUGAACCGCCUUUACCGCUGCAAUACGGCUGCUUCCAGAAGCGACCCUGAACACAAGCAGAAGAAUGAUGUCCUCUGAAUCAAAAUCAAGAGGAAAUGAAGCCGAUUGAUGCAUCUUUUUAUCUACAAGCAAAAUCAGAAACGCAUCUUGUGCUUAAUGAAAGUGAUUAAAUUUAUUAAUAAGAUUGAUUGAUUGAUUGAUUGAUUGAUUGAAAUUAACAAGUUGAUUAAAUGAGCUUUUGCGGCAUACUAAUGAGAUGUGAAAAGCAUCCUGAUAUAUGUACACGUAGAUGAAUAACUGCUUGUGAGUCUGAUUGAAUGCGUAUAAUGAAUAAAAAUGUAUAUUCACAUA